UCUAGUUGCUUUUACGUUUUUGUUUUCAUCUUUAUUAAUCGCAAUCGCAGGGCACAUGUAAGCAAAAACUCAGCAACACUCACGCGCAAUUUGUGGCCUUCAAUGAACCUAAAAUGCACGUUUAUGGAUUGUGGGAGGAAAACGGAGCUCCACACAGAACUGUGAGAUUUCUUUUGUCCAGACUGGUACGCAGUUCCACGUCGACCUUAGGACAUCGCAGACGCAGAUACGUUGUUUUGGAAUUUAAUUCAAGUCGGCUAGAAGUGAAACCUUUUUCAAAAAGCUGUGUGCAAAGUACCCAUCACGAGGGCGAUAGUGAUGACAACGAUAGCUCAAUAACAUCACUCUUGAACACGAAGCCUACAGCUAGACAAUCGCUGCUGUCCAGGAGGAGAUCCCUGUCUCCCCUCGAAAGGAUUAGCAGCCUGCUUCCGCAGGAUGCAUUGAGUCUUGAGGUGACACAGUUGAGAGAACAGGACCAACCACAUGAAGAGGAUACAUGGAUGCAAGAAGAACUGAGCUACUCUGAUCCUUUAGCCAUUUUGUCCAAAGAACAGCACAGCACUGGUUUCGAUGCAAACAAUGCAGCAAAAUAUAAUUCUGACACAACCAAUGAUGUGGCUACACAGUUCUAUAGAGCAACGUCCCAGUUCAAUGGAACACAGUGGAUGUCAUCUACUCACUUGCGAAAGACCACACUUGCAUACGGGGAGCUGCUAGUGGCUGAGUAUCAUAGGAAAGGACAUGUGGAGUUCAGGAAAAUGUUUCAACUUAAAAUUGGAACACGUCUCCAGAGCAGCUGGGGGAUAAUCCUGCAUGAUGAUGUUGCUGGGCAGCCUGCAAGUUACUUCCAGAAGACAAGCAGAGGGGUUCCCAUCUUCAUACGGCGUGCCAGUUUGGAUGAUUAUGUACUGUAUAUGAAGAGGGGCCCUGCUAUCUCGUACCCAAAGGAUGCCAGCAUAAUGCUGAUGAUGAUGAACGUCACAGAGGGAGACUAUGUGCUGGAGUCAGGCUCUGGGUCUGGGGGCAUGUCUCUAUUUUUGUCUCGGGCAGUGGGCUCCAGUGGCAGUGUGCUCAGUGUUGACGUCAGAGAGGAUCAUCUCAGAAGAGCAAUACUAAACUACCAGCGUUGGAGGGCCUCAUGGAAAGCGUGUCAAGGGGAAGAGUGGCCUGACAACGUAGAGUUUCAUAACGCUGACCUUUGUACGGCUUCAUCUCUUCUCGCCUGCCGGGCAUUCACUGCGGUUGCUCUUGAUCUGAUAAACCCACACCUUGUUUUGCCCACUGUGAUUCCACAUCUGUACCCCGGAGCCGUAUGUGCAGUCUACCUCGCAAAUAUAACACAGGUGAUUGACUUACUGGAAGGUCUUCGAUGCUCAGCGCUCCCCCUCCUCUGUGAACGCAUCUUCGAAGUUCCCACCCGGGACUGGCUUGUUGGCCCAGCCCUUCGUAAAGAUGGGGGCUAUUGCUCAAAGAAACCAUUGAACCUCAAUGAAGUUCAGAGAGAAGAAACCACUUCAGAUGAUUCGGAACAAGAAGAACAUCCAUCCUUUGGGAGUGUUCCAUAUAUUGCCAGACCUCACCCAGAACAGUUUAGCCACACAGCAUUCCUGGUGAAACUGAGGAAGUUUGUGAGAUAGCUGCUCAGUCUGAUGAAGAAAACAUUGCAUACUUCAUUUUUUUUUUGUAAUUGUAAUUAAAAGAAAAAAAAAAACAA